AUGUUUGUGCAGCUCCUUUCACUGGCAAUAGCUUAUGGCGUCUGCGGACAGGGUGAAUUUAUUUGAAAAUUCUAUUGCCAAAACCUACAGUUUUGCUUUCUGUCAUAUUUUUAAUACAAAGCUGAAUGGAAAAAUUUUGCACGCCAAAUUUGCACUUUGCCGUUUCCUUUACAGAGGACACGAGCACCUUGGAAUUUAAACAGAACAGCGAUUAUGUUUAUACGAAAAGCCUCUAUGGGGACGUUGAGGUAAUCGUUGCCUGCUGUGCGAUGCGAUGAGUUUCCCCUUUCAUUGAGGUAACAAAAUCUUUUCUUCACAUAGUACAUGACCGUUGACGACGUGCGCAUUUCAGAGGCUACAAAUGGCUCGCACUGUAUCGGGCCGAAUGACUGCUGGGAAAUUAUCCGACGUAAGAUAUUCAUUUGGAAUUUCGUUCCUUAAAAACCCACUUAGUUAAGAAAAAGACGUUGCACACUUAACAGAAAAAUAAGUAGUCAGGUACACAAGCAGUUCGUUCUUCUGAAGGAUGCAUGCAAAUAGGUUUUUUUAGACGUGAAAUUCUCAGGGUCCUUUGAGCGCUUGUUGCAUGCGCAAUUAUGUGGAAGAUAGUACUGGCAACAAUGGAGAAAAAAGGAAUAAGCUGACUUGUAAAUAAAUAUUUACUAACGUAGAAACUAUUUAUUCUGCCUGAAAAUUAGAAUUUCAGAAAAUGUCUUUAUUAUAAAUCGACUCAAAUGAAUUCCAUGAACACAGAUAACAAGACCAAAUCUAUGACAUACUUCACACUCACAUUUACGCCACAACACUUCACGAGUUAGAACACCUGCAAGUGGGGUCAUAGCAACAAAUAAAAGGGAGACCCAAAUGACCGUUUCUGUCGUAUUGGCCGUCAUCAGCCAGUUAUACCCAACGUCAAGUGUGGAUCAUUGGAGAUUCGAACCUGGGAUCUUUGGUCAUGGAGUUUGACAUUCCACCAUUGAGCCACGGACACGUUGUCCUGUCGGUUGUAAUGGCGCAUAUAAUUUAUGGCAGUUGGGAGCUUCGCCGAACGUUUUACGAAAUGUGCUCGUUCCCAUGUGCCUUAGUGCUCAAACUGGGACCCUCGAACGCAGUCGCUCGGCGAAUGGUACUAUGUGUGCUAGUAGGAUGAUGCCGACAAAGACGAAUGUUUAAUAACGGUGACCGUUUCUAAUGAUGACAUUUAUUGAGACCGCGCAAUGAUCAUUCAUAUACCAUCCUACAUGUCCGUUUACAACAGCUGCUCUUAAAAUGUACAACAUAGUCCGCAUUCAUUGCAAAAUAUUAUGGACUCCCUAUAUUAUCUUUUUGAAAGCACAGAAGAAUGUGUGAUUUUCUUUACACGGAACGCAUAAACCUUGUGAACUGAAAUCAUUAUGCGCUCAUAAAACAACAAAUCAGGCUCCAAAUCAUUCGACAAUCAUAAAACUUUUCUAAAACCUAAUUAUACUCACUGUUCGAGCAUAAAAUAUAAAGAGGAAGUAAUCCGGUAUCAAAAAACUAAGAUACAGGCAUUUUUACUCAUGCUUUGAAUUAAAUAUUAUUGAAUUUGCAAGACAAUCGAAAACAACUAAGAGAAAUUUAUAUUACAUCAUUAGUCAUUUUUUUACUAUGUUCGGUUGUUGCAGAAGAUUGGGAAGCAGAAUAAUCAAAAGCUUACAUCCCGCUGAGUCCAACAUAUUAUGUCAUUAUGCAGGAGGAUAGUCAGCAUUUUAACCGCGCUUAAAAAAAUCGAAAACGCAUUUCAGACUUUCAGACAACAUUUCAUGUAAUCGAUCACUCAAUGAAUGUGCGAGUGAGGUGAUACUGACAAAGGCAAAUACUUAAUAAUGGUGAGACAAUUUCCAGUCUAAUAUGUCUUCCGCUCUUUAACACUUAUGUCCCAGAUAUUCAAAGAAAAUUGCAUUGCACUGGGGAAAACAGACGCGAUCAUAAUUAUGGAGUGUUUACCUCAUAUUUGCGGCAAAAGUAUGCUGGUAAGUGUUAAAAUGAGGUAGCCAGGAUUAGAUUUACAUAGGCUUUAGUGUGUUUCACACUCAUCUCUGUCCAUAAUUUACAAAUAAAUCUUUCCUUCAAAAGCCAGACAGUACAUGAUCGUUAAUGGUUUCCUGGAGGAAUAUCGGGCAGCAUUCGUGUUGGAGCCGAAGGAUCCUGUUGGCAGAUGCUCUGUUGGAGUACAGUACAAAAGUGCCAGCAUAUCGGAGUGUAAGUCAAAGUAA